CAGACUGACGUGGAGAAGGCUGGAUGUGGUGCCGUUUCUCUGGGAUGUACUGAUCGCUGUUGGCACACACACACUCUGUCUGCAGUUAUUAACUUACAGCCAACGCUCGACAGAGACAGAGAGCGAGAGCUGGGUUAAUGUCUGGCAGUUUCAGACUGGACAGGAGAACUGGGCGCAGUCAGUGCCUUUGUGCCUUUCACCCAAUUGUGGGUCAGAAUUACACAGCGGCCUGUGGACAAUGACUGGAGAUGAACAGAGUUUACCAGAAGACGUGGUGCUGUUGUGCCAGCACCCCGAGUGUGUAGACGGCGGGAGAGCGGUGAAGGUCUGUCAUCAUGGCGACUGCCAAGAGGUGAAUGGCAGUAGCCCACUCAGCCUGUGCGCUGUGUGUGACAACAGGCUCCAUCCCACAGUGCACCUCGACCGGCACAUCCGCUUCGAUCUCCCGCCUCAAGGCUCUGUUCUGGCCAGGAAUGUCUCUACACGGUCAUGUCCUCCCCGGACUAGAACCCCGUCAGACCUGGAGGAGGACGAGGAGAGCUCGAUGGAUGGCAAGAGGAAGAAUUCAUCACUCAAACUGACCAAGAAGAAAGCCCGGCGACGACACACUGAUGAUCCGAGUAAGGAAUGUUUCACACUGAAGUUUGACUUGAACAUCAACAUCGAAACAGAGAUUGUUCCUGCCAUGAAGAAGAAGACUCUGGGGGAGGUGCUGAUGCCUGUGUUCGAGCGGAAGGGCAUUGAGCUGAGGCGAGUGGAUAUUUUCCUGGACCAGUCGUACACUCCGCUUUCCCUGAAAUUUGAAGCUUACCGGUUUGGAGGACAUGACCUGCGGGUGACAGUAAAGCCAGGCAGUGAGCUGAAGGUGGAACAGGCUGUGAAGGAUUUCAAAUCGCUGAGUUUACCUGCUGUGAGGCCGCCGAGCACCCCAUCACCUGUAAUCGGUGUGCCAACACCAUCCCAGCCCGACCAGCCCCCACCACAUCCACAGCUCCCGCCACAGCUCCUACCUCCGCCAGGAUGGGACCUCGCUGAUGUGACAGCUCCCGGGCGGCGGAGGAAGAACAUGACAGAGUUUUUGGGAGACGCCAGUAUUCCCUUUCCUGAUCCUGUGGUCCCCCUCGGCCCCUCCCUCCCUGGGGUGACCAGCGACACCUGGAAGAACCGGGCGGCCAGCAGGUUCAGUGGCCUCUUCAGCCAGGGCACAGGCAUGGCAGCCUUCGGCAGGGAAAUGGAUAAAAUGGACCUGUUGCAGAGCAAGCUGCAGGGCUACAGCCUGUUCGGGCUGCCCAGGAGACCCGCUUCCCUGCGCUUCCAGCAGGACUCGUGGGAGGAGGAUGCCAGCCUGUACCUGGAGGCCUCGUGGCAGGACCUCAUCCAGGCUCCUGAGAAACUGCCUCGGAAACAGAGCCACCAGCAGGAAGCUAUCUGGGAGCUGCUCACCACUGAAGCCACCUACAUCAGGAAGCUCCGCGUCAUCACUGAUCUCUUCCUGUCAUGCCUGAUGAACCUGCAGGAAUCGGGCCUCCUGUCUGAGGUGGAGCCGGACAAGCUGUUCUGUAAUGUGCAGGAGCUGAUCGAGGUGCACAAGGCACUAUGGGGGGAGGUGCUUUACCCCGUGGUGGAGGCCGCGCGUAGGAACCAGUCUCUGCUUGACCCGAGCGGGUUACACCAGGGUUUCAGCACGUUCGGGACACGGUUCCAGCCGUACACACGGUAUUGCUUGGAGGAGGAGGGCAGCCUGGAGUACAUGCGCUGCCUCCUGCGUGACAACGAUCGCUUCAGGAUCUACGUUACGUGGGCAGAGACGCACAAGCAAUGUAACCGGCUGAAGUUGAGCGACAUGUUAGUGAAGCCGCAUCAGCGACUGACCAAGUACCCGCUGCUGCUCAAGUCCGUGCUCAAGAAAACAGACGAGCCCCGCGCUCGGGAAGCCCUCAUCAGCAUGGUCAGUGCUGUUGAGGGCUUUAUCGCUCAGGUGAACUCUCGCAUGAGACAACGACAGGAGCAGCAGCGACUGGCGGCCAUCAUCAGCCGCAUUGACUCGUAUGAGGUGGUGGACGGCAGCUCAGAGGAGGUGGAGAAGGUGCUGAAGGAGUUCUGCCACUUGGACCUGAUGGCCCCAAUGCUGGACACAUCCCCUGAACACACGAGGCAGCUGGUGUUGGAGGGCAGCCUGCGGAUGAGGGAGGGGAGAGAUAGCAAGAUGGAUGUCUAUUGCUUCCUCUUCACUGACAUCUUCCUGAUUACCAAACCGGUAAAGAAAGCCGAGAGAACCAAGGUGAUCCGGCAGCCCCUGCUGGUGGAAAAGAUUAUUUGCCGGGAGCUGAGAGAUCCUGGUUCUUUCCUGCUGGUCUACCUGAAUGAGUUCGGCAGCGCUGUGGCCGCCUACACCUUCCAGGCUGGCAGUACCGCAGGGGGCCGAGCCUGGACCGAGGCCCUGGGCAACGCACAGAGUCGGGUGCGGAGGCUUCGGGAGAGGGAGCGGCGACGGAAGCAGCCGCUGGGAGAGGAAUUGGAGAGUGACGGCUCAGCCGGCAGCUCCCCGUCACUGGAGCACAGACCCUCGGCCUCACCACCUGCCCAGCACAGCCAGUCACACAGCCCGGCGGAGCCCGUUUCAGUUGUGAUUGUGGAUGUGACCGAAGAUGUGUCGUCGCCUCCCUCCAGCAGGGGGACGGGGGAGGUGCCCUCGGAGUCACCCCCGAACCCUAACACCCUGACAUUGGCCACCAACACCUGCCGCUCAGCCUCUAUCGACAGCGCCUACGGCACCAUGUCUCCCAGUUCCGUGCGGGAGUUUGGGGAACAGCAGCAACGGGAAUCAGCGGAUGAAGAUCUGGAAUCCUCGUGCUCACAGCAUUCCACCUCCCCCAAGCUCCGGCUCCCAAUAAUUCCUGCCCGGGCACUGCAGUGCCGGCAGGAAGUUUCCAAAUCCAAAUCCGAAGCCAAUCUACUCCAGCUGCUCUGGUGCUCAGCAGCCUCGCCUUCCCAGACGCACCUGAGCCAGAGCCGGAGCUUGACUGAAAUCUCCAGGUGUGGGAUAAGUGCCCCCGCACAGGGCCCACAGGGUCAGCCUGACCGGCCCAAACCCCGGGCCAGCAGAGUGGCCGACACGCUGAGACGGGCCGAGGCCAGGGUCUUGGGCAGGUGGGCCUCCCCUGACAGCAGCAGCAGCAGCAGCAGCGACUCAGAGCUGUCCGACAUGGAGCAGUUGGAGUUUGUAAAGGGACACGUCUCCCCCUGCCUUCCUGCUUCUGGUGCCUGCCCACGGCCCCCCAGCACUGACAACAGCAGCACCGAUGUCAGCUCGUCAUGUCCGGAGCCCCUCACUGCGCAAAGGGAUUCCGAGGGUGUGGCAGGGGGUUCCCAGGGUGUGGCAGGGGGUUCCCAGGGUGGGCAGGGGAUUCCCAGGGAGGAGUGGCGGAACCAGGGCAGCACAGGAAGCUGA